AUGGCGAUCGCGCUCCUCCCCGUCAGGGCCCUCUGCCUCCUCCCCCUCCUGUUCCUCUCCGCCCACUCGCAGGCCCUCCCCUUCCGGGGUGGGUUCUUGGGCCGGCUCUACGCCGCCGAGAACCCCGACGGCGUCGGGCUGAGGAACGCCAUCGAGGGCAACGACGGCGGGGUCGCGGGCGACGAGGGGGACCAGACGGAGGUGAUCGACACGGACCCGGCAUUCGGGCCCUUGAUCUUCGGCAGCGAGUUCGGCAAUGGCGGUGGCGGCCUGAAGGCUGCGGAGGAGAGUGAGUUCGAGGGGAAAUGGGAGCUCGUGUUGGAGGACUCCGGCGUCUCGGCCAUGCACAUGCAGCUGCUGCCGAACAACAAAGUCUUGAUCUUCGACUCGACGGUGCUCGGGCCGUCCAAGAUGCUAUUGCCCAAGGGCACACCCUGCCCCGUCCGGCCUAAUGCCAAGGAACCCGACUGCUGGGCUCACGCCAACAUCUACGACAUCGAGACCGGGGCGCUCCGGCCACUCACCAUAAUAACGGACCCAUGGUGCUCUUCCGGCGGGCUUGGAGCCGACGGGAACUUCGUAAGCACCGGAGGUUUCGACGCCGGUAGCAAAUCGGUUCGGUUUCUCGGCCUCUGCGAUAAUUGCGAUUGGCAGGACACCCCCAAUGUGCUUGGCGACGGAAGAUGGUACUCAACUCAGACCAAGCUCGAAGACGGGGCCUUCGUCGUCAUGGGCGGCCGCCGCUCCUACAGCUAUGAGUUUGUCACCGUCGGCAACCAGAUUUCUUCCAAGACGACCUACUCCCGCUUCCUCGACGAGACAACCGACCUCGACGAGAACAACCUCUACCCCUUCGUCAACCUCCUCCCCGACGGCACCCUCUUCGUCUUCGCCAACAGCCGCUCCAUCAUCCUCGAUGCCCGCAAUAACAAGGUCGUCCGGGAGCUCCCCCGCCUCAUCGGCGGGUCCCGCAGCUACCCGGCCUCGGGGAUGUCGGCGCUCCUCCCCAUGAAGCUCAAGAACCACGUGGACUCGAGGCGGGUCAAGGCGGAGGUCAUCGUGUGCGGCGGUGCGAAGCCGAAGGCGUACCGGGCGGUAGAGAAGAACCAAACGUUCAUGCCAGCGCUCCGGGACUGCGCCCGGCUCGUGGUGACCGACCCGAACGCACAGUGGAAGAAGGAGGCCAUGCCGUCGCGGAGGGUCAUGGGUGAUAUGCUCAUCUUGCCUACCGGAGAUCUCCUCAUACUAAAUGGAGCUGCCAAAGGCACCUCUGCAUGGAACUUCGCGGAGGACCCGAACCUUGUCCCGGUCCUCUACUCGCCCGAGAAGCCUGCCGGCAAGCGUUUCCGGGAGCUGAAGGCCGCCACCAUCCCCCGCAUGUACCACGCCGUCUCCAUGGUCCUCCCCGACGGCAGGAUCCUCGUCGGAGGCAGCAACACCAACCCGACCUACACCUUCACCGGCGUCAAGUUCCCGACCGAGAUGCGCCUGGAGAAGUUCUCCCCCCACUACCUCGACCCGGCCCUCCAGCACCUCCGCCCCGAGAUCGUCGCCGAGCUCACCGACAAGAAGAUGAGGUACAACAGGAGCUUCUACGUCAAGUUCAGGGUCAACUCCAACGGCCGGAAGGUGAGCAAGAAGGACGUGAUGGUGACCAUGUACGCCCCGCCCUUCACGACGCACGGGUACUCCAUGAACCAGAGGCUUCUGCAGCUCUCCAACACCGUGCUGAGGAAGGAGGGCGACGUCUACCACCUCGACACCAAGGCGCCGCCGUCCGGAACGAUCGCGCCGCCCGGUGAUUACUUGGUGUUCGUGGUGCACAGGGGCGUUCCAAGCGUGGGAAUGUGGGCUCGUAUCCAGUAAAAAAGAGACGUAGGCCUUGGCUGGCUUGGAGAUCAACCUUGUAUUUGAUUUAUUCUUAAUGUGUUCCCCUGCCUAAAUUGGGUAUAAAGUUCACAUAUGGAUUGUGCUGUAGGAAUAACCUGGGGAAAUCCCAGUUGA